UUAAGAGGUUCUAGUAUUCCCCGAGGCUGAAGCCCAGAGCCUGAAGCUUAAGCGCUAUUGUAGAUCAUAGCUUCAUCUCCUUCAGGAUAGAAGGAAAAGAAAGACUGUUUCCACAAUGAUAGAUCUUUGGUUAUGCAGGUUUCCCAAUGAGUGGAUCAUGAUGACCGUAUGGUAGGGACUUGCCAUAGUAUGGCUGCUUCCCGAUCUACUCGUGUUACAAGAUCAACAGUGGGGUUAAACGGCUUGGAUGAAUCUUUUUGUGGUAGAACGUUAAGGAACCGUAGCAUUGCUCACCCAGAAGAGAUCUCUGCUCAUUCUCAAGUACGGUCAAGAUCACCAAAGAAGAGACCAGAGCCUGUGCCAGUUCAGAAAGGAAAUAAUAACGGAAGAACCUCUGACGUAAAGCAGCAGAGUGCUCGAGAAGCAUGGGUAAGCCCUAGGAAAAGAAGACUUUCCUCUUCAGAGAAGGAUGACCUAGAAAGGCAGGCCCUAGAGAGCUGUGAAAGAAGGCAGACAGAGCCGGCACCGCCAGUCCUGAAGAACAGUAAACGCUGUCUUAGAGCUGAAGCCACAAACAGUUCAGAAGAAGAUUCGCCUAUAAAACCAGACAAGGAGUCAGUAGAACAGAGGAGGACAGUAGUGGACCAUGAUGCCGAGUUUCAAGGGACUAAACGAGCUUGUCGAUGUCUUAUAUUGGAUGAUUGUGAGAAAAGGGAAAUUAAAAAGGUGAAUGUCAGUGAGGAAGGGCCACUUAAUGCUGCCGUAGUAGAAGAAAUCGCAGGCUACUUGACUGUCAAUGGUGUUGAUGACAGUGACUCAGCUGUUGUAAACUGUGAUGACUGUCAGCCUGACGGGAACACUAAACAAAAUAGCACUGGUUCCUAUGUGUUGCAGGAAAAAUCAGUAGCUGGAAAUGGGGAUUCAGAAACCCAGACUCCAAUGUUCUUUGGUAGUAGGAAGGAGGACAGUUGUAUAGACCAUCUCGUGCCUUGCACAAAGUCAGAAGUGCAGGUCAAGUUGGAGGACCACAAACUAGUAACUGCCUGUCUCCCCGUGGAACGCCGUAAUCAGCUGACUGCUGAGCCAGCAUCAGGCCCUGUUUCUGAAAUUCAGUCAUCCUUAAGAGAUUCUGAGGAGGAAGUAGAUGUGGUGGGAGAUAGCAGUGUCUCAAAAGAGCAGUGUGAUGAGAACAGCAGUGACCCUCUGGACACAGAUACUGAAAACAUGCCAGUCUCUGCAGAGCCGGAGCUGUCCUCUGUGCUAGACUGUGCUUCAGCUCAGAUGUCGUCUUUAUCUGAACCUCAAGAACACCGAUAUACCCUGAGAACUUCACCUCGAAGGGCCGCUCCGACCAGAGGUAGUCCCACUAAAAACACCUCUCCUUACCGAGAAAAUGGACAGUUUGAGGAGAAUAAUCUCAGUCCCAAUGAAACAAAUACAACUGUUAGUGAUAAUGUAAGUGAGUCUCCCACAAAUCCUGUUGAAAUUUCUCAAAAUGAAAAGGUUCUGUGUUGUGACUCUCAAAACUACGCAAGUGAAGGACUAAGUCAGUCACCCUCAGAGGCCAGAAUGAAUAUUGGACAUUUGCCAUCUGCCAAAGAGAGUGCCAGUCAGCACACUGCAGAAGAGGAGGAGGAUGACCCUGAUGUUUAUUACUUUGAAUCAGAUCAUGUGGCACUGAAACACAACAAAGAUUACCAGAGACUGCUACAGACCAUUGCUGUCCUUGAGGCUCAGCGUUCUCAAGCAGUCCAAGACCUGGAAAGUUUAGGCAGACACCAGAGAGAAGCACUCAAAAAUCCUAUUGGAUUUGUGGAAAAACUUCAGAAGAAGCACACGGUCCAGUUUGCCCAGAUGAAGAGAACUGAGCUUGUGUUGUUUGGACAAGAGCUGUUCUGCUCACACUUCAUCUGUUUUCCACCAUCACUUCCUCCUCCUCCUCUUCCUCCUCCUCCAGGACUCAGGGCCGAUAUAGGGCUUCCAUACCCACAGAGAGUUGUUCAGUUGCCUGAGAUUGUGUGGGACCAGUAUACCAACAGCCUUGGGAACUUUGAAAGAGAAUUUAAAAACCGCAAAAGACAUAGUAGGAGAGUUAAGUUAGUUUUUGAUAAAGUAGGCUUGCCUGCUAGACCGAAAAGUCCUUUAGACCCUAAGAAGGAUGGAGAGUCCCUUUCUUACUCCAUGCUGCCUUUGAGUGACGGUCCAGAAGGCUCCCAUAGCCGUCCUCAGAUGAUAAGAGGUCGCCUGUGUGAUGACACCAAACCUGAAACAUUCAACCAGCUGUGGACUGUUGAGGAACAGAAAAAACUUGAACAGCUUCUCCUGAAAUACCCUCCUGAAGAAGUCGAGUCUCGGCGGUGGCAGAAGAUUGCAGAUGAGCUGGGCAACCGGACAGCCAAGCAGGUUGCCAGUCGUGUACAGAAGUAUUUCAUAAAGCUAACAAAAGCCGGCAUUCCAGUUCCAGGCCGAACACCUAACUUAUAUAUAUACUCUAAAAAGUCUUCAACAAGCAGACGACAGCACCCCCUUAAUAAGCACCUCUUUAAACCUUCCACUUUCAUGACGUCACAUGAGCCACCAGUAUAUAUGGAUGAAGAUGAUGACCGGUCCUGUUUUCACGGCCACAUGAACACUGCUGCGGAGGAGGCAUCGGAUGAGGAAAGCAUUCCUGUCAUGUAUAGGAGUUUACCUGAAUAUAAAGAACUAUUACAGUUUAAAAAGUUAAAAAAGCAGAAACUUCAGCAAAUGCAAGCAGAAAGUGGGUUUGUGCAACAUGUGGGCUUUAAGUGUGAUAACUGUGGUGUAGAGCCUAUCCAGGGUGUCCGGUGGCACUGCCAGGAUUGUCCUCCAGAAAUGUCUUUGGAUUUCUGUGAUUCUUGUUCAGACUGCCCACAUGAAACAGAUAUUCACAAGGAAGAUCACCAGUUAGAACCUGUGUAUAAGUCAGAGACAUUCUUAGACAGAGACUACUGUGUGUCCCAGGGCACUAGUUAUAGUUAUCUUGACCCCAACUACUUCCCAGCCAACAGAUGACAUGGAAGAGAGUGUCGGCACUAGUUCUCGUCAGCACAGCAAUGGCCUCAUUGUUGAUGGUGUGCGCAGUUUGGACACUCACAGCAUGAGAGCUCCCCGAGUGUUCUCGUCAAGUACAGCUCUGCACCGUGUGGCUGUAGAUCCGCAGCUAAACAUUCCUGGUGAGCUGAGAGUUUCCCUGGUGAAAUUUUCACCGCCACUCUAAAGCCGUGUAGGUGGUGAUCUUAAAUGGGUGAGAUGGAAUGGAGAACACGCAUUCAUGCGAGAGUAAAUUCCAAAGGUUUCAAAGACCUCAGUCAUAAUAUGAUGGUGAAAGACAAAGUAUUUCUAUUAAAUCAGUUCAGUAGCUUUCAGUUUUGUGAAAAUAGUUGUCAGCGCAGAAACUGACUU